AUGGAGAUCAUUGUAGCAGAGACCUACUACCCGAAACCCUCCAUCUUCCUGAGCCCCAGGGGGAAGGUCACCCUGGGGGGUGCCGUGACCAUCCGGUGUCAGGGUCAGCACCAGAACAUGAUGUUCCUUCUGUACAAAGAUGGAAACCCGAAUGCGCUGCAGAACAUGGAGCCUGCUGGGGACGUGGCUGAGUUUCCCAUUCACAACGUGAGCCGGAGAGACGCAGGGAGCUACAGCUGCUAUUAUCACUCCAAAUUGUACCAAUACACCUGGUCGUAUCCCAGUGACCCCGUGGAGCUGGUGGUAGCAGGGAGUGAAUUUCUCAAACCCACCAUAUGGGUGAGCCCCAGCAGGGUGGUGGCCCUCGGGGGAAAUGUCACCAUCCGCUGUGAGGGUCGGCAACGAUCCAUGGAGUUCUUUCUGCGUAAAGCUGGACACCCGAACCAGCAGGUGCGGAUGCUGCCUAAUGGGACCGUGGCUGAAUUUCCCAUCACCAGUGUUGGCCAGGAAGAUGGAGGGAGCUACACCUGCGACUAUCACUCCAUAGCUGAUAAGAGUCGCUGGUCGUAUCUCAGCGACCCCGUCGAGAUCAUUGUAGGAGAGCCCAGCUACCCCAAACCCAACAUCUACCUGCUGAGCCCCAGUGGGGGGGUCUUCCUGAGGGGAGCCGUGACCAUCUGGUGUCGGGGGCAGCACCGGGGCGUGCGGUUCGUGCUGAAUAAAGAGCGACAUCAUUUCCCACCUGUGGAUUCGGACGGGUUUGAGGCUGUGUUUCCCAGCAACAACGUGCGCCGGGAGUAUGGGGGGAGCUACAGCUGCUCCUAUCACAGCCGAUCAGAGCCGUUCGCCGUGUCGUACCCCAGCGACCCGGUGGAGCUGGUGGUGAGAGAUCCCAGCUUACCCAGACCCUCCAUCUCUCUGAGCCCCACUGGGGUCACAGCCCAAGGGGCAGACGUCACCAUCCGGUGUCAGGGGCAGCGCCAGGACAUGAGGUUCUUCCUGAACAAGGCUGGAGACCUGAACCUGCAGCGACUCAUGGACCCUGCUGGGGACGGGGAUGAGUUCCACAUCCCCACCGUGGGCCGACAACAUGGAGGGAACUACAGCUGCAGCUACCAGCUCCAAUCAGAGCCCUUCGUCUCCUCGCAGCCCAGUGACACCGUGGAGCUGGUGGUAGGAGGUGGAUCAGAAUCGCCAGCACCUCUGGGUCUGACCAGCCUCAUCAUCGCCGUGGUGAGCGCGGCAGCUGCCAGCCUCUUCCUCCUCUUCCUCCUCAUGGCCUUCGUCUGCUUCAGAAAAACCCGAGCCAGAAAAGGAGCCGCACCGAGACCAAGCAGCACCAUCCCCUUGCAGGUGUUGAAGGCCCCAGCUCAGCAAGACCCCGUCUACGCCUCCAUCAACAAAGGGAAAGAGACACAGACCCUGUCCCAGAAGCCAGACCCUGGCACCGAUGGACUCACCUACACUGAGCUGGACCGCCAGGUGCUGCAGGCCAAGCAGGGGGGCCCAGCCCCUGAGCCCACCCAGCCCAGCGUGUAUGCUGCCAUCAACGUGAGCCGGGGGGCCCCGCAAUGA